AAGAAACCAUCCACAGAGAGAUAAGCACAAUCAGUAAGAAAAGAGAGAGAGAGGGUUUGAGAGCUCAAAACUGAGAGUGAUUUUGGUUUUUGUUUAAUUUCUUUACAAUUUCCCCCUCUGUAAUUCCCCGCUUCUCUGAAUCCCUUUCUGUUAAUCAUCUGUCUUUAAGAAAAAUCUGAUUUUUGGGUUUGUUUUCAAAAAUAAAUGGUUCAAAAGCAAACUUAGAAGGAUUUCUCGAAAGCCAGGUAUUUUCAGAAUCGAGAUCCAGGUUUUUUAAGUUAUAUUUUCUGCAAAUUCUAAAGAUCUGUUUUUUUUUAUUUUCUUGCUUUUUGAUUUCUUUUGUUAGCUGAAUCAACUUGCAGGGUUGUUUUUUUUCCCUUGAGGUUGGUUUUUAGGUACUCGAAAUUGAAGGGGUUGUGUAUUUUAAACCUCUAGAAUUUACCUGUUCUUAAUUUUAACAAGAAUCAGGUUGGUUUUUAUUUUUCUGUUUUUGUUAACAGAUUUAUUUUAGUUUUGUGAUCUUAUUAUCAGUUCUAGUGUUGAAGAAAUGGCAGCUACAAUGGAUUUCCACAGUGGCAGACCUCUUCAAUCAGACCACUUUGGGGGUGAAUUAAUGGAAGCACUUGAACCUUUUAUGAAGAGUGCUUCUUCUUCUUCUUCGUCAGCAACACCUUCUCCUUCUCCCUCACCUUCUCCCUCUCCUUCUACUUCUUAUUCUUCUUUCCCAUCUGCAUCUUAUAACAAUUUCCUCUCUUUUUCUCCUUUCCCCACAGUCGCCACAUUACCAGAGGCUAAUUUGUAUCCUGAUGCUUGCUCUUCAUCGUCAGCCCUUCUCUUUUCUAACGGGUUGUCGAUUCAAGAUCCUUUGUUAGGUCUCCAGCAGCAACAAGGUCCCAUUGGCCUCAACAACCUGACCCAGUUUCAAAUCCAACAGAUCCAAGCUCAGAUGAACCUCCAAAACCAGAUUUGCUGGCAACAACCACAACAACUGCAACAGAACCAACAUCUUCACUUUCUUUCUCCAAAGCCAGUCCCAAUGAAGCAAGUGGGCUCUCCAUCAAAGCCCACAAAACUCUACAGAGGAGUGAGACAGCGACAUUGGGGCAAAUGGGUAGCUGAGAUCAGACUUCCCAAGAACAGGACCCGUCUCUGGCUUGGAACUUUCGACACUGCUGAAGAAGCCGCAUUAGCUUACGACAAAGCCGCCUAUAAGCUUCGUGGCGACUUCGCAAGACUCAACUUUCCUAACCUCCGACAUAACGGGUCUCACAUCCGUGGCGAAUUCGGCGAGUACAAGCCUCUCCAUUCCUCAGUUGAUGCGAAAUUGACAGCUAUCUGUGAAAACUUAGCUGAGUCGCAGAAACAGGGGAAAAGAGAGAAGCAAAGGAACUCCGCCGAGAAGAAACGACACCGUUUGGGAACAGCCGUAUCGGUGGUGGAGGAAUCAGAGAAAGUAUCAAGUUCCGAGAAUAAAACUAUGGAUGAUGCUGAGGUGGAAUCAUGUGUUAAGGUUGAAAUCAGCUCGAGUGAUGGGUCGGCCGGCUCUUCUCCGUUGUCGGAUCUGACGUUUCAGGAUGGUCCAGAACCGUUCUGCGAUGUCGUUUCAGAGAAUUUUAUGCUGCAAAAGUACCCAUCUUAUGAAAUUGAUUGGGCGUCAAUUUUAUCUUAGACCUCUUUAUGUAAUUUUAUUUUUAAUAUUGUAAAGUAGAUUCUAGGGUUCUUAGUGGCUUCUGCAAUCAAGUUUUUGGCAGUUGCGGAGCCUAAGUCUAGUCUGUGUCAUUUUGGUAGUAUUAACUAUUCUGUUCGUGUUAAUAUGAUUUUCAUGUAAAUCUCCCAAGUGGUCAGCUGGUUUUAGUCAUGUUGAACCACGGAGAAUUUGUGCUUGUCCUGUAAUUCAAGUCUUUUAUGGUAUUGAUGUAGUAUUUUUCCUGCC